AUGAGUACAGAUAAAAUUGAAUAUGACCCGGAGUAUUUGGGAUUUGUGAAGUAUUUAUUUUCUUCAAAGACCGGAAUUAGGACAAAAGGUGCAAUAGAAGUUGGUAGAAGGGCAGUUGACUAUUUUCGUGGGGUUGAAUUUGUUCGAUGGAUGCAAAGAAAUGCAAUUGUACUAAAAUCCACUUUCCCAGAACUAAUGGAUAAAUUAGAUUUUAAUUCUUUAGAUGAUAUACGGAAUUUUGGAACUGAGCUUAUUCGAAAAUCUUUUAUUUUGAAGGCUGAAUAUAAACCGGUUGGAACAAAUGUAACCAAGGGGAUGAAACAACCAAAGUGGCCUAGACGCUUAAGUGUAACUGCAAACCAAGUAUUUGAUGAGAAUUUCUUUUACAUUAUUAUUUUUGAAAGUCAUAGAGCUAUAUACAAGAUAUUAAUGGUGUCUAUACUUCUAUCUGUAGUUGCAAUAUUCAUGUUCCCAGCCUGGCCAUUGGCGAUAAAAAUAUCUGUAUGGUACAUAUCAGUGGUUUUAUUAUCGUUAAUGCUCUCUAUAUUCUUUAUUAGAUUGGUAGCUUUUGCAUUAUUUUGGUUCUUUGGCUUUGAUAUAUGGAUUUUACCUAAUUUGUUUGAUGAAGAGAGAGGAGUAAUUGAUUCAUUUAGACCUUUAUAUUCAGUCUUGUAUCGACAAGAUGACUGGUUUAUGCUAAUAAUAAGAAUUUUUUGUGCAAUUUUUCUCACAGGGGCUAUCUACCAACUUAGUAAGACACAUUCUGCAGCCGAUGUUGGACAUUUUGCAAGACAAUCAUUCUUAGAUGUAUUAGAUUGGGGAUAUAGAAAAAUAGCUCCUCCUGAGGAUAUGUCACCAACAUCAGCUGGGAGUCCUUUAGAUAGGAAUAUGAAACAAAAAACAAUGCAGAUGACUCCUGAGAUUGUAUGCAUUACAAAGUGCUUAAGGUUUGAAUCUAAAGAUGCUUUGCUUGAAGACUGUUGCAGUGGCUGUCAAUGUAUUAGUGAAUUACUUGGUUUACCAUGCCUUAGCUCUAAAGAUGUUUGUCCUGUAUCUUUACUUCAAGAACUGAUGGAUAUGCAGAAGAUAGUUUGUGCUAAUCAAGAUAGUGGAACUCAAGAUAUAGAGGGAGAGUUAAAGAGAUUAAUAGAACAAUAG